CCGCCAUCUUGCUUCGGCGGAGCCCGAAGAGGCGGGAGUAGCACCUCCGGGCUCUCGGUGAGCUUGUGAGGAGGAGGAAAGCGGCGGACUAAGCGGGGUUGGAAGGGGACCGUAUUGCUGGCAGUCUCCUUUCCUCCUCUGUGGUGUUCGGGUUCUCUCCUUUACCUUAUUUCGCGGGGCCGUUUCCACGGAGGUUGGGCCGAGGCGACGGCAAGAUGGCGGUGGAGUCUCGCGUUACUCAGGAGGAGAUUAAGAAAGAACCCGAAAAGCCUAUCGACCGUGAGAAGACUUGCCCCCUCUUGCUGAGAGUUUUUACCACCAACAACGGGCGGCAUCACCGAAUAGAUGAGUUUGCCCGUGGAAAUGUACCUUCCAGUGAGCUGCAGAUCUACACCUGGAUGGAUGCAACUCUAAAAGAACUGACCAGUUUAGUGAAAGAGGUCUACCCAGAAGCAAGGAAGAAGGGAACACAUUUCAACUUUGCAAUAGUUUUCACAGAUCUUAAAAGGCCUGGUUACAGAGUGAAGGAGAUUGGCAGUACAAUGUCAGGCAGAAAGGGCACAGACGAUUCCAUGACUCUGCAGUCCCAGAAGUUCCAGAUAGGGGAUUACCUUGACAUAGCAAUUACUCCUCCAAAUCGUGCACCACCUCCAUCAGGUCGCAUGAGACCUUACUGAUAUUUUGCUUUCUUCCAACAGCCACACCGUCUGCAUUGCCAUGUUGAUUAGAAAAGGCUUAUUUUUAAAAACGUAAAGUGAGACUACGAGAAAGCUCACUAAGACCGGGAAGUACUGAAGUUACUUUUAAAUUAUGUUAACUGUAUAUUUUUUAGAAGAGUGCUCUCUAGCUGUUAGAUUUGUCUCUCUAAUUAGUUGAAAGUGGCACUGUCCAGGGUUUCCAAAGUGCAUAAAGCAUGGCUCUAACAACACAAGUACUGUUGUGCAUUGUUGAAACCUGUUAUGGAGCAAAUAUAUUAAGACCAACCAUUAAUGUAUGUGGGGAGAUUAAAAUCAGAUGGAUGUAUUUCAUAAGUACACUGUUGAGAUUUACUGGGAAAUAAACUAAAAUGUAAAUCAGGCAAGUAUUGUCAGUCAGCAGUGCUGUACUUUGUAUGUUCACAAUGAAAAUAUAGUCUAUUACAUCUCAAAACACAUUGAAGUAGGAGAGGGAUUUGUAAGCCAUCUAGUCCAAGCAACACCAUUUGAUGCAGGAAAUUUCUGCUUGAAGACCUCUGGUGAGGAAGAGCUACCCAGCUAUAAAUGUAGUUGGUCCACAAUUUACAGCCAAGAUGUGUCUUUUGAUGUCCAAUUGAUAUGUCCCCCUGUAGCUUAAGCCUAUUAAUUGUCCGGCAUUCCAGGGCACUGAAGAACAAGUGUCUGCCCUUUUAUAUGAUUCCCAUCAGGUCAACUGUGCAUGUUGUGGAAAACCAUUCAGAUGUACAUCCAAUUUGCACCUACUCUUAAAUUUGUACAGAAGCCUAUUAAUAUGCACGCCUCAGCUUGAUCAGUGUGUUUGGAUUUUUUUAAAUAAAAUUCAUGAGAAACGCAAA